GCUCUUUUCAGUCUUUCAUCCACCUGGCUCGUCGUGAAGCCAUGCCCACUCCCUCACAGGGGAAAAGCACGGGUCCAGCAACGCGCAACCGCUGACGCGACAAUGGCAGGUACCGACUAACGUCGAGAAGAGAGAAGAAAAAUCCCGUAACCACCACAGUCGCGUGUCCACCUCGACGAAGUCACGCACUGAAACGCAAGACCACACGCGCGCAAAAGGGAGAGCGGUUUACGCGCGGCAGAUGCGUCCCUAUCCCCGUUGAGAUGAUGGCUCUGUGGGCGCUCUUCUGCAUCCUCGCCAUUGUGAAAAACAGUCAUGGAGCAGAUACAGAAGAGAGACUGGUCGAACAUCUUCUUAAUCCGGCACACUACAAUAAACUGAUCAGACCGGCAACCAAUGGCUCAGAAUUGGUGACAGUGCACCUCAUGGUCUCAUUGGCCCAGCUCAUCAGUGUGCACGAGAGAGAGCAGAUCAUGACCACUAACGUCUGGCUUACACAGGAGUGGCAGGACUACAGGCUUACAUGGAACCCAGAUGAGUUCGAUGGCAUGAAGAAGGUCCGUCUUCCUUCCAAACAUAUUUGGUUACCUGAUGUUGUCCUUUACAACAACGCCGAUGGGAUGUACGAGGUCUCUUUCUAUUCCAACGCUGUCGUCUCCUAUGAUGGAAGUGUCUUCUGGUUGCCACCUGCCAUCUAUAAGAGUGCCUGUAAAAUUGAGGUGAAGCACUUCCCAUUCGACCAACAAAACUGCACGCUAAGCUUCCGCUCGUGGACAUACGACCGUACGGAAGUGGACCUGGUUCUCCGUGCUGAUGUGGCUAGCAUGGACGAUUUCACACCCAGCGGAGAAUGGGACAUCAUAGCCCUUCCGGGCCGUCGGAACGAGAACCCCUCUGACCCCACCUAUGUAGAUAUAACAUACGACUUCCUCAUCCGACGCAAACCCCUAUUCUACACCAUCAACCUCAUCAUUCCUUGCGUGCUAAUCACUUCGCUGGCCAUUUUGGUGUUCUACCUGCCGUCGGACUGUGGGGAGAAGAUGACUCUUUGUAUUUCCGUGCUCCUGGCUCUCACUGUGUUCCUACUUCUUAUAUCCAAAAUCGUGCCGCCUACAUCCCUGGACGUCCCUUUGGUUGGGAAGUACCUGAUGUUCACUAUGGUGCUCGUGACUUUUUCUAUAGUGACGAGCGUGUGCGUGUUGAAUGUGCAUCACCGGUCGCCCACCACACACACCAUGCCGCCGUGGGUGAAGCUUGUGUUCCUCAACAAGCUCCCCGCUUUGCUCUUCAUGCGGCAACCGUGCAACAGCAGCGAGCGGCAACGCCUGCGCCAGCGCCGCCAUGCCAAUGAACAGCAGGAAGGAGGCCGAGGGGGUUUGGCUGCAGGGCUUAUGGCGGGGUUGGGAUUAGCUGGCUCUUCGUCAAACAGUAAAGAAAACAAUGAGGCAUGCACUUGCUACGUGAACCGAGCCUCAGUGAAACAGUUUGGGGCUGAGUUGGGUGGAGGGGGAAGUGGGGGGUCGACGGAUGGACUAAACGGGUUGAGGGAAGGGGGCAGAGAGGCCAGGGAAGGAGGUUCCAAUCCAUUGCAGAGCUCUGCUGUGCCUCGAGGGAAACAGCAGCCACCUACUGUCCUCACACAGGCCCUGCUGGCCCAGGCCUGCCCAGGGUUCGAGGAUGCUGUGGAUGGAGUCCGCUUCAUUGCAAACCACAUGAAGAGUGAGGAUGAUGACCGUAGUGUGAGCGAGGACUGGAAGUACGUCGCUAUGGUGAUUGAUCGGCUGUUCCUUUGGAUCUUCGUGUUUGUGUGUGUCUUUGGCACGGUCGGAAUGUUCCUUCAACCUCUGUUCCAAAACUACACAGUUAAAACUAUCACCCACACACCUGGCUGAGUAUUCACCAACAGACGCUACCCACCAUCAGCUGCAACAGGAGGGCGAAGGGAAAAUGGGUGGUCUGCCCAAGAGGAGGGGAACUGUAACAUGUCAACGUGUCACUCUGGACUAAUAUUAGGUUUAUACCAACCUCGUUUGGAAUAUAACACAAACACACAGUGGGGAUUUGGUCCAGUAUUCUCAUGCAGGACAUCCAGUCCACCAUCCCCUCCUUUUAGGUAAAAGCCACGCAAACCAAUGGGAGAGGGAGGAGACACUGUGUACUCUGCUCUGCAGCCAAUCACCACUCUGCUAUUUGAAAGCCAUGCACCGGCCACAAACUCCACAAUGAGUUUUCUGCUUCCUCAAGUUACACGUGACUUCCGUUUGUGACCUGCUCACGCAAGAAAACAAUGCAUUUAAAUACCUGUUCUUUAGCAUUUCUUUCAUAUUUUAGUUUUUUGUUUUAAUACAUUUCAUAUUUUCAUGCAGUACUGUAUUAUUAAUAUAAUAAACCAAUGCAUUGUAUUAAUACAACACACAGCAUUAAGAAAGAGGAUCCAGGAUAAGAGCAAAAGAUUGAGCUUGUGGGCCAGGUUAAAUAUGGCAGGUGUCUGAGGGGUUUUGAUUUAUAAUCAGAUGGGAGUCUCUGUUGGAGACAUUUCAGAGGUCCCCGAGCGGAAAGGCAGAAUGGCUCAUACAUACACAGCUGAGUCUAAAAGCAUCUCAGAAAUCCUCCAGGCAAAAAGGGAGAAACUAAAAGACCAAACAGACAUGAAAGGUUAUGUUUAAAUUCUUCAACUGUUUGUGUGUCCAGUUUCUCAGAUUUAAGAAACAAAUUGAAUCCGAGCAGUAUUGCAAUGAUGUUAAGCCUCCUAUAAAAUGUAAUCUUCCCUUCUCCGUUUCAUGCCCUUCUCUCCUAUUAUCGCCUGCUUCUUUUUAGACUCUCCUCUUCCCAUCAUCCCUCUCUCAUUGCUGUAAUUGAAGCUCUUUGUACACUGCAACAGGCCUAUGCUGUGUGCAGUUGUGUGUGCAUUGUCACAUGUAAUUGUGAGUAGGGAUGGGUAUCGUUUGAAUUUUAUCGAUUUCCAUUCCAAUUCUGCAUAUUGGUUCCGAUUCUUAUCGAGACCCAGUUUCAAUUCCAAAGUUGAAAACAUUUAGAUAACAACCUGUAUGGUCAUUUAGUUGCUUAUUUACAGGUUUGCAAAAAUGAGCACCAUUUUGUAUAUAUAUACACAUAGCAACUAUGUUUGGUCUGAUUUAUUAUAAUUUGUAUUACCAUAGCAUAACUACAUCAUGGUUAAACUGGAGUUUAUAUAAUGAAACGAUGGUAAAUUAACACAUGCACAUUUCUGAAAAUAGGCACACAGAAAAUGAUAAGACCAAUUAAAAUUUCAAGUAUCUGAUUUCAAUUCCGAUCCGAUUCCUUGCCUUUCGAUUCCGAUUCCCAAUCGAUUUCGAUUACCAACCCUAAUUGUGAGUGCAUACGAGUGUACCAGAACUGUAUUCCAGAAUAUAGGCCAAGUUCAAGAGGACGAUGUACUUCACCAAACCACAUCUAUUUCAAACUUAAAGGGAUAGUUCAUCCAAAAAUGAUUUUAUCAUUUAUUCACUGUCAUGUUAUUCCAAACCUUUAUGACUUUCUUCUCACAGCGAAAAUAUUUUAAAUAACGUUGGUAUGCAAACGUAAUUGCCCCCAAUUAACUUGUAUGCACACAAAACUCAAAGAGCAAUGUGGGAUUUGUAGGAGGAUCUAUUGACAGAAAUGCAAUAUAAUAUACUAAACAAUUUCUUCAGAGGUGUAUAAUGACCUUACGUAAUGAACCGUCUUGUUUGUAUUACUUUAGCUUAGAAGAAGCUACUUUUAUCUAUCUGCAUACAGAGCGGGCCUACAUACAUUGAAUUCGCCAUGUUGCGCUGCCAUGUUUUGUACACUUAUCCUAAACGGAAAAACAGAUCUACAAAGCGUGUUUCCUCUCCCUCUACCCUUACUUAUGUAGUUCGAUUGUCCCUGACUUUACAAAGGGGGGAAACAUCUACUAACUUACUCCUAACUGCUAUCUUACAUUUACAUUUAGGCAUUUGGCAGACGCUUUUAUCCAAAGCGACUUACAUUGCUUUAUCCUAUACAUUUUACAUAGGUAUUUGCAAUCCCCUGGGAUCGAACCCACGUUGUUAACGCAAUGCUCUUACCACUGAGCUACAAGAAAUCUUGCUGUCAGAUCAAAUGCGUUUUACAGCCUUGCUAUUUACUUUUAGCUAGCUAUGCCCUCAAACGUGCCGUGCAAUGCAAGCAUGAAAUGCUUAGCUUUAUCAUAGCUUAGACCACGCAAAUAAUAAUGCAAAUGAAUAAAAUAAGUGCCCUGCGAUGGGUUGGCACUCCAUCCAGGGUGUAUCCUGCCUUGAUGCCCGAUGACUCCUGAGAUAGGCGCAGGCUCCCCGUGACCCGAGGUAGUUCGGAUAAGCGGUAGAAAAUGGAAUGGAAUGGAAUAAAAUAAAAUAAGCAAAGACAUCAGGAGUAUUCAAGCAGCAAACUGGUUUCAGAUAGUCAAUGACGCAAAUAUUUUCAUUAACAAAAACAACAUAACAGAAAAACCAUUGUUACGCAUACUGAUCUGAAUCAUAGCAACCUCCUCGGGGGUGAUCUUUAGACAAUCUUUCUGUCAAACGUCUCUCUGCUGGAAAGUAUCCCCAUAGAUAUCUGAGAUCUCUUCUAAAAGCCUUAGUAACGUUACCACGGGUCCUAACACGUCUCUGCUGGAAUGUCUUUAUAAUAUUAACGCAGGUCCUAGCUCCUGCCUGACUUUUAUCCUUCUUUUUAUACUUAAAACCCAUAGACCCUUUAUUUAAUGUAAUAAAUAAGACAUCGCUCUUUAUAAAGUAUUUCUAAUGCCCGCAUGAUCUCUUCCCUGCGUCAACAUGAGAAAACGCGUGCUGUCUCAGCUGAAGACAUCUUUUUGUACUGUGUUGGCAACCGUCGGGUUUCGAAAGGUAGGGCUCAUUUGCCAAUUGGUUGCAAUUCUCAAACUCACCGCUAGUGGCCGCUAUAAAUCCCACUACAGACCUUUAAGACAAAAAAAAAACUCAAGUCAUACAGGUUUUAAAGGCGGGAUGUCCGAUUUCUCAUAGCCGUUGUUAAUGUUCAUAUCACCAAAGCAGACACACCCCAUCUUUCGCUUUCGUCAGCGCUUGGCUCGACUAAUCCCAUUCUGUGCACUGUGCAUCUUACUGCUGUUGGCUACAAGGUUGUUUUGGUACUCAGCCCGACUUUGUCUAAACAAGAGUCAUUCGGAAAUCGGACACCCCGCCUUUAAACUACAUGAGAGGGAAAGACAGCCGCUAUAAAUCCCACUCUAGACCUUGUAUUUGUAUCUCCAAAAUCUUUCACACUUUCUAUUUACUGUUUUUUUCUGCCACUUCUUCUGAGCCUCUACUGAAUUACUGCAUAUAAAAAAACUGUACAUGAAAGAAAGGACUUUCUAUUUUUUAACACAGAUUUUGUCGAUCGCUUAUGUCAUUCUUUUGGAAUUAUAAAACGAAGGUCAAAAAUGGUACAGUAAAUCUGCACAGUCAUUUAUCUGCUGAUAUUUCAUAACAUGAUAACAAAGUGAAGCAAUAAAAUUGCCAUCAACAUCA